AUGUCGGACAACGGCCAUUCUGCCACGGAUAUCAUCACAUAUAUCGGUGUCCCGUUAGCCGUGCUGGGAGUGCUGCCGAUCCUGUACAACACAUUGACAACACUGGUGAACACGUCCAAGAUCAAGCGGACGCUGCGGCACAGCCGACUCAAAGCACUGACGCGCAGCGAUGUGGUCAACCGCGUGAUCGAGAUCGAGCUGCCGCGCUAUGCGGUGACGCCAUGGGACCGGUUUCAGCACCGCCAAGAGUACUGGUCGCUGUCACGCAACCCGAGCGCGAUCCCGGGCGGCUCGUGGACGACGUUCAACUGGAAGACGCACGCGAUCGGCGUCAAGACGCAACGUGUCGAGUACGCCGACCAGCUGCGCCAGCCACAGGUCGACGUCGCCCUGGACGAGCUCGUGUGCUAUCUGCUGGACCUGGGUGCCGUGCCCGACCCUCACGGCUGGCACCUACUGCGAUCAACAGGGCUGUGGACGCCCGUCGGCUGCGCGCUGAUGAAGUCCCCCGACGGCCACCACAACGUGCUGACCGUGGCGCCACUCGACGACUCCGACGGCAACCUGUCGCUGUCGGUCCGGUGGCGUCCGGAAUGGACGACACGCACCUACGAGAACCUGCCGCCCUACUGGGUGGACCUGCCGGCGCCGCCAGAGGCGAAGGAGAAAGCCGGGAAGGAAGAGACCGAAACCGGCACCGAGACCGGCACCGAGACCGGCACCGAGACCGGGACGCUCAUCGACACGGCCGGACCUGACGACUCCAAGCAGGUGCCGUAUGUCGUCCAGAGAACGAAGACGAGCAGCAGUAGUAUCCCGCGCAGCUCGGUAGAAUCGACGUCGCGGCGAGCGGCAACGCAAGAGACGUCCGCACAGAAUGCAGCUAUCACGUGCCAGAUUUCCAUUGGCGGCAUCGUGACGGCAUUGGUGCACUCGGCAUGGCCAGCCGGGGCAGCCACGUCGGUCGAGCUGGAUAGCCUGCACAUUGAGCACCUGCGGGUGCGGCCAGGGCGACUGGACGGCGUAUGGUUUGCCAGCGCGGCCACGGCCUACGGUACGACGAGUCAGACAGUGCUGUGGAACUACCGGAUCCCCGACGACAUCCUGGCAUUUGCACAGCGCGAGACGGUACCAUGUGGCGUGCUUGUGCUGCUGGGCAUCGUCGACGAGAGCGCAACGCCUGAAUGGGCUACCAAGCACACGCAGGAUCUCUCGGUGCAGAUGGACCUGCACAUGCGACGGCUAAAUGAGCAGCGCGCCGCCCAAAUGGCCGAGGCCCGGCUGCCAGCACACCAGCGCGAUCAGGCCUUUCGAGAGCGCACGAUACAGGAGAACAUGCAGCGGAUACAAGACAUGCGCGACAGGAGCCGGCGCGAUAACGACCGACGGCAACAGCGCGAGAUGGAAGCGCUACAGAGCCCAAAGUGGGAUGCUCGUCUGGUCGCUGGAUACUGUCUGAGCUGGCUGCAGAAGCAGAAGCCGAAACCGAAACCAGGCCAAAAUCGAGAAAGUCACGUGACGGUCACGGAAGACCUCAAGCAGAGCGCCGGCAUGCUGCUGCACCACAUGGUCCUGGACCCAGCCUUUGCCGGCGACCUGUGCCGCAUGCUGGACCGCUGGAAGGCAUGGGCCGACAUUGGCGGCAUGAAGGCAGCCGACCUGGCGGACCUGCGCCAGGACCAGGUGGCGUUUGCCCAGGCCACGCUGCUGGUCGCCCUGAUCCACGACUCGUCCAGCACCCUGGAUGGCACGCUGUCGGUCGACCUGCAGGAGUGCCUGCGCAUCUGGCGUAAGGCGCGGCUGGGCUGA